AUGUGGAUUCCAAGCCUUGUACUCUGCCGAUCUCAAACUGUCCAUGUCAGUGACCAGCACUCUGCUGAGGUUGCCGUUACGAGUGGUGUUUCCAAAGAUUCCGUUCUUGACACUACUCUAUUCAUUAUAUAUGUCAACGACUGCGCAAAUGAAAUGGAUUGCAAUGUCCCAAUGUUUGCUGAUGAUAUAAAGAUCUGGAGUACCAUGCAAAAUGAAAUUGACGAGGCGCGAUUGCAGACAGACCUAGACCAUCUCGAUCAGUGGUCGAACGACUGGAUUCUGCUGUUUAACGUAGACAAGCUACGCCAGCUUCGGCUUCCAAACACCCGCCCAACCAACCGCUACUUCGAACCAACGGCAGAAUACGCGUCUGUUCGCUGCUGCCUGAUAAGUGGCCAAAACUCGCGGCACGCGAGGUAAUGUACGCAUCAGCGAAAUUCAUGCCGAUGGAAUACCGGAAUAGCGCACGAUCACUUUUGAUGUUAGAAACUAAUGGAAAUGGGACAUUUGCAGGAGAAGGCAUUCGUUCAAGAACGGAUUCAUAUACCAUAUCUGACACGGCCUGUUUUCAGUAAAGCACCCUUAUCCUCAGAUGCGCCAGCACCUGGACCAUGCAGCUCGUCCACAUGUGCACACACGACCUGGUCCUCAACAACUAGGUCACAAAUCUCAUAAACGUAGCAAUAAAAUGAUGUUUACAUUUAAAAUGAACUUUUGCGGUCCGACCCACAACCCUGAGUGGAAUCGAGUUGCCACGGCAUUAGGUAAACUUUCAAGUCGCGACUGAGAGCGCGUCGUGAGAGACUCAGGCGCGUCAGAUUUAUGAUAAUAAUAAUGAUUUUAUUUAAUGCCUGUUUACAGGCAUUGCCAGGGAAGCGUUAAACACAAAUCCGACCAGCAGUAAAAAAACUGCUGUAGCAAACAAAUAAAAAUACAGAUGAUGGUGGUUUUUAUGGUUUGGAGGGUUCAGGAGAAAAAAAUUACUGACGGCACACCUUCGACCGUCAAGAAGGGAGGGGUUUCACGGUAUCGGAUAUUAUCAGUCGCCAAUUUCUUUCAUGAAGAUAGAGAUAGUUCAAACAGAAGCGCCAAAGAACAGCUGUCGCUGUUGGCCAAAGAAAUUGUCCCUGGUGAGACCGUCCAUAAUGGUCGGAGACCACAAACGCCAUCGCUACGGUAGAGUCGAUCAGUGGAUUCAGCACGCAAAAUUUGUGGGAGCUUUACUGAAUGCAAAAACCGAGUAUUAGUUCUCUUAAAUAAAAGAUAAUUUUGCAGAGUCUGCACACUCCUGGAUAGUUUAUUCCAAAUAGUUAUUGCAUUUACAGAAAAGAAGCGACGAUAGUGAGGAUUGCGAUAAACUACCGUGACAAUGGAUACCUCAGUGUCGACCUCUCUUAUAUACACCAAUUGACUUUCCGCGCCUGUCAACCAACUGACGGCAAGUUUGGGAGCAGUGGCCGACGUGACGUGAAAGCCUUCGUCCGAAGGACGCCACUCAUGUAUUGGGCAGUCGUUACGGUCACUCACGGACUUUGCGAAGCCCAAUAAACUCGCUCUAGAACAAAUAAAUCGCUGUUACGCAAACGUGCCCUUCACAGAAUGAAGUUGAAAACUAAGUGAGGUAAGAUUUGGUCAGGAAAAGGAGUAUGAUUGUGGGCAAGCACCGAUUUAGUUAGGCGUCUGAUGGCAAGUCAAGUUCAUCGUCUAGUUCAAGGGAACGUGGGCAGGCGACCAAUCAAACACUGUCAUAUGUCACCAGACGAAAACGAAGUGUAAGCUGCGACAGUGUCUCUCUAAGACAUACUUGUGGCCUCUGCAGACAGGAAUACGGCAAACAAACACCUGAUACCGGACUUACGCUGAUGGACGCAGGAGCCUGGCGCAUACAGUAGGCUGAUGAGGUCAGACGGAUAGGUCAACAGUCCUAUGGGACCGAAGGUAGUCAGUGCUUCAACAUCCGUCAAUGAUGGCUCGCCUUUUGUUGCAUCAGUUAUGUGCAAGCAAUGGCUGAUGAACGAGACGAGAGUGACUGUGUGGCCCAUGAGAAAGGCAGCUGUCCAGUGAGGGGGAUCUCCGGCCGUGCAGGGUGGACAAAAUAUUCUGCUAGGAGAGGCGAUGAUCGGCUAAGUGGCCUCAUCUGGAUCUUGCUUCUAUGAAAUACCUACUUAUGUCGUUUCAGUAGGCGUAACUGGACCCAUUUAAUUUUGAUCAUUCCUCGUCACACCUCCUUCGGGAGUUCACAUUAGGGUCGAUGAUCGUCACCGACAAUGAGAUCUGCUCCCAAUGGGCUAUCUACCUAUUGGCUCAUUGAGCCCGGAUUAAAACCUUGGAUGCCCAGCCUCAAGGACGACGAAUAAGCCAGAAUUUACCAUUUGAAUGUGUCCACAUUCCUUUUCAGAAGCACCGGCAAGAGUUUCUUUGACGCAAAUAUGACAAAGGUGGUUGUACAACGUUGGGCACAGUGGCCGCUGUCAUCAGUGGAGCGAGAAAAACUGGAUCUGCAGAUGAAAAGGAAUCAAGCGUCGAGUGGGGCAUUCCAAUUGUAUGGAAAGACGGACUACAGUCGAUUUCUCUCAUCUCCCACAUGUAUCACUUGCCCUCUGAUCCCAUAUAAAUGUACUGGUCCGAUGAUCAUUUAUCGAAGGCACGCGUCUGAUCGCCAACUGGUUUUCUGAAAACUUCCAUGCGAAUUUUCGCAACUCUAAAACGGUUGUGCUUUCGUUACCUAUAUCAUACUGUUCUCCCACCGCACAGUACGCACAGUGAUCCCCGAAACUCUCGGCAACGCUAUGCCGGUCAUCUGAGGUAUAGGCCGAAUCAGCCGCGGUUAUAGCCGCGAUUGUUGGAAGGAGUAGCUACCCGAGGCAUAGCUUUCGGACAUCCGCACGACCAGCCGCCACUUUGAACUGCUCACGGCGUACGCAGUUGUCCGAGUCGACCAACUAACUGACGGUUAGUACAGGAAUAGUGGCUGCCGUGGCGUGAAAGCCUCCGUCUGAGGGGUGCCACCCGUGUGUUUGGCAGUAGUCAAGAACUUGCGCAGACUUGGCGAAGCCUAGGGAAAAGGCCGGAAGGGGUGGACAAAAUCGUCUGCUGGAGAGGGCGACAAUCUAGUAUCUGGCCCCACUUAGUCCUCGCCUCUACGUAAUACCUAUUUAUGUCAUUUGGGUAGGUUUAAUUUAACCCCAUCCCUUCCGCUCAUUCCGCGUCACGCCUUCCCCAUGUGUUGCCAUCACGGCUAGCGUUCGCCACCGAGAGGUUGAUCCGAUCCAAAAAGGUUAUCUAUGCAUUGGCUAACUGUGCCUGGGUUAAACCUCACGUGUCCAGCGUCUAGGACAAUAAAAGUGCCAUAAAUUGGCAUUCAGAUGUGUCCCCAAACUUCCUAGGGGACACAGUGGACGAAAAGUUGCUCGUGCAAGGUUAGACACAGUGGACCCCCUCCUUAGUGGAGCGGGAGAAACCUGGUCUGCAUUUAAAAGGAAUUCAAGUGUCCGCUUAGGCACUGCUUUGAAGAGAAAACAGUUAUACAUUCGUUUCGAGCAUAAUGCUGUACUGCCUCAUUUUACGCGGCAAAUGGACAAUCAUUGGGAAUCUUAAAAUUGCGUAAUGUUACCUUUCAGCCGUUGGUGUGCAUCGGGGUAUCUGUGAAAGGGAGGUGGGUGUCAACGUAUAAGCCUGCUGAUUGGCCAAUUAGGCUCAUGAUAUUCCCACGCAUCGGUGUAACGCCCCUGGACUUGGACAGAGUUGUUUGAAUGAGUAUUCAGGGAAGCUAACGACUCUGUUCAGAUUACUCUCCUCCAGGAUCUAUUCUCAACGUUCUCUUACUCUGGUGUGUGCUACCCUUGACGUCCUCGGCCGCUACAUUGGUGGCAGCGGUGGGAUGGAGAGGAGCACACACCUUCCCCCUCCCCUCCCGCGCACCAACUCCAGCAGCACUGAGGACAGUGCUGCAUCUCAGGAGGAGGCUAUGUAA